AUGAAGAGCAGGCUCGUGCAUCGCAUUAGCAAAGCAAGCAGCCAUACAAAGAAGAAUAUUGAGAUGCAAGCUGAGGCUGGUACAGAAUCUGCGCUAGGCAUACAUAAUGCACCUUCUAAUGGGCCUGCUGUUGUUCCCACUCCUAGCCAAGGACCAGAACAAGUGCAAAAGACUGUAGAAGACAGUGAAUUAGUGAGCAAUAAGAUGAGUAUCCAACCUAGUCGCCUCACUCGCAGCAAUGCCAACAGAUCACUUUUCCCAAAUGACAAAGGCAGUAAUGAGUCUUUGAAGUUUAUUACUUCACAUACACUGAGGAAUAAUGCUGCAAGUAAAAAGAAGAUCAACCUUGAGGGAGUCUUGGCAAGCUGA